UUGCCCACCUUCAUUUCUUCAAGAAAUCGAAUCUCAAGAAGUUUAUGAAGGUGACAGUUGUAAAUUUGUGUGUCACUUUCAAGGAUACCCUCCACCCAUAGUGACGUGGUAUAACAAUGAUAUACCAAUCCCACGCAACAGAGGCUUUAUUGACGCAGACCUCAGAAAACUACUCAAUAUUAACUUUUUCUUCUGUUCAUCCUCAAAAUGAAGGUUCUAUUACCUGCGUGCUGUUUAACCAAUAUGGAACAGUAAAAACAACGGGUAUACUUAGAGUGAUGGCAAAGCGAGGGCAUGGUGUCGAAGCACAUUCGGUACCAGUGUUGCACGAGUAUACGGAUGUGGAAGAAGAGUUGGCAAUGGUGUUUGACCAAACAAAAGACAUCCAACCGCCUUGGAGACAAAAGCGCAAAAAACAUCUCCAGAUGUUACAAACCAAACCCCCAGUUCCUCCCUCUGCAGACACAGAAUUGCUUUCCUUCCCCGUAGAAAUUCAGGUAACAGCAGCUACUCCUACCCCAGAGCACGAGAAAGAGUCAAGAGAAUUGUUUCAUGCUGAGGAAUUGGAAACUAAAGCAACACCUCAAGAUGAGGCCCCUCAGUCACCAAAACACAAAUUUAUAUUUUCAGCUGAUAUCACUAAUGAGCCACCAAAAAUGUUACAGGAAAUGCCAAAGCAUACCAGAUGUAGAGAAGGGGAUUCCAUCGUAUUCGAAUGUUUAUUGUCUGGUGAGCCCAAACCAGUUGUAACGUGGUUUCAAAACGGACUCCUUUUAAAGCAGGACCAGAAGUUUCAGUUUGAAGAAAUUAAUUUUAGCUACAGGCUAUAUAUUAAUGAGAUCAAUUCUCAAGAUUCUGGAAAAUAUAAAUGUGUUGCUGAAAACAGUUCAGGAACCGUUGAGAGUGUUUCGAAUCUGACAGUGGAACCUGUCACUCAUAGGGAGUAUAGUCAAUUAGAAAACAUUGGUGGGAUUUAUGCAAAAUAUUCCAAAGAUCAGCAAAUUCAUGGAAAAUCUGUAAGGGCACAUUUUUAUGAUCAUCCACCUGGUCCUUUUAUUCCCCAGUCCAGGAUACAAGAACAUUCUGUAAUGGAAUAUUUUCAAAGCCUGGAGACAGUUGAACAGAUAGACCAGAAAGGCCAGGUUCAUUGCACAUAUUCUAGAGAAAAACUACCCAGAUUUAUGCAAGGUGCUGCUGGAGCCAUAAAACUCAACAAGCCUGUCAGAGCCAAACUCAUACAGGGUCAGAGUGAGGGGAAAGAGGGACGCAGAAAUGAAAAAUCCAAGCUGUACCAAGCAGAAGGUACUGUUUAUCCAUUUGUCGAUGAUUUCAGCGAAGUUGAAAAAAUUAGGCAAGAGGUAAAAAACGAUUUCAGAAAACCUGGUGAAGCAGAAAGGGAAAAUGUACAAGAAUAUGCCCAAAGUGACUCUUUACGACAUAGCCAGUCUGAGAGAACUCCUGAUAGUUACAAUCCAACAGCUUCAUCUCUCGAGUAUGAAGAACCCCUUGGUGAAGAGAGACACUACCUAGGGAAAAAGGUGAAGCAUAGAAUCAUUGCAUUUGAAAAGUUACAACAUGUAGAAAAAGGAGUUCUAGAAAAAACACUUACCAGGAAAUCAUUUGUCAGUCCCCCUCAGAGGAAGCUUGGUGACAGGAACUUGCCAUUACCGGGAAGAGAAUCAGGAUCCAGUAACCUAAAUGCAAAUAUGUAUCCAGCAGACACAAGGUCUCCCAACGCCCAACCCGAUUCAUCUGACGUUGUAAUGAAUUUAAAGCUGCUUUCUUCUCAGACUUGGAAGGAAUAUGAAGUAGAAGAAAGGGAACAAGAAAAAGAACUAGGUCUUACAGAUCAGUCUGCAAUUUCUGGAAGGACUGACCACGAAGCAGCUAUUACAUUUGACUUGAAGCAGUUCUACUCUCAAGUAGAAAGUGCAGAUCUAGAAUUCCAAGCUUCAGCUGGUGGCCAACCAGGAGCAGCUUCUUCUAAAAUCCAACAUCCUGUUUCUGAAGCAGCUGAUACUGGGAACAUUGUAUUUGAUCUAAAACAAAUGUAUUCUCACCUAGGAGAUGCAGCUAUGGAGUUCCAAGGGCCAGAGACCAGGCAACAGGAGACACCUUAUAAAAAAGAAAUCUCUGGCACAGAAGCAUUACAACCUGAAACACAAGAUACCUCUGAAAGUGUGCUAAAUGACACACUUCCCACCCCCGAAAUGUCUUCCGGUCAGGAGUUUUCAGAUAGGACUGCGAUAGAGAAAAGUCAUUUUGAUGAAAAUACCCUUUAUUUGGAAAAACACAUAGAGGAACAUAACUUAGAAAUUUUAAAUCCUGAUAUUCCCCUUAAAUCCUUUUCUGGAGAAACCCACGGUGAACCACAUGCCCUACGUCAAACCUCCUCUGCUGAUGUGGGAGAGACGUCUGUUUCUGAGGGAAAAAUUUCUCUGGAAAACGGAGGUCAAAGUUUCAUUUCACAUUUGAAAAAAGCAGCAAGUGAGGAAAAUCUCUUAGAGGUCCACGAGAAGGAAGAGCACACUGUGGCACCCGAGCUGGCGUCGUUUCAGGACCAGGAUGGAGCGACACAGGGGUAUGUCACUGGAACUUUGGGAGACGACGAAGGUGAUGUUCAUGAGCAACAGCAGAAUCCAAAUGAACAAAUAAGGGCAAAAUUUGAUGCCUUUGGGCAGGAAAAAUGUUACGAAGAAGUUCAAGUUCGGAAAGAAAUUUCUCUGUCCACUACUGCAGGAGAGAAGAUAGAAACUGGUUUUUCUGAAAAUCUUCCCAAACCAGAUGAGGCACAUACAACAGAAGCAAUAGACCCCGAGGCCUCUCUAGCACAAUAUUUACUUGCUGCUGGAAAGCACCAAGUUCCUGAAACUAAAGACCCCAAACCCAAGGCAAGGCCUGUCCAGCGUGAGUCAGUCACGUCAAUGGAGGUUGAAGAAGUAACUUUCCACACCGUGUAUGAAUACUACAGCCAACAACAGGACUCAUUAGGCCGCCCGUUUUCUCCUGAAUCUGACAUUUCGAUUGACGUGGGAAGUAUAAGCAGUGAAGAAAUCUCAGAGUUAGAUCAGUUUUAUACGCCACCAUCCUCUGUUGAACAUUUUGAGACCCCAAAGGCUCCUGAUUUGUAUUUUACUCCUUCAGACACAACCAAACAGUCCACAACGAAUUCAGGGGGUGAGACCAUGAAAAGAGCCACACCCUUAGAGGAAGCUGGCGAGAGGUACUCCACACCUUCCGAAGGCGAGGUAGCAGAGAGAUAUUGCACACCCCCAGGGGAGGCCCUGGAGAGAUAUGCUACACCCCCAGGGGAGGCCCUGGAGAGAUAUACUACACCCCCAGGGGAGGCCCUGGAGAGAUAUACUACACCCCCAGGGGAGGCCCUGGAGAGAUAUUCCACACCAUUAGGAGAAACAGUUGAAGGACAUCCUAUUCCUACUGGAGGACCAAAUCCCACUGGAAACCUUAAAAGGUAUCCAUCAAAAAUAGAAAGGGAGGACAGUACACCAAAUGAACAUUUCCAUACUCCCACAGGAGAGAGGAGCUCCGCUAACGAACUGGGGCGCUCCGAUUCAUUCGGCACCCCCAGUGAAGCCAUCGAACCAAAAGACAAUGAAAUGCCCCCGUCGUUCAUCGAACCUCUGACCAGAAGGAAGAUCUACGAGAACACAACGCUGGGCUUCAUUGUUGAAGUUGAGGGCAUUCCAGUUCCUGGUGUGAAAUGGUAUCGAAAUAAGUCUCUGCUGGAGCCAGAUGAAAGAAUCAAAAUAGAAAGGGUGGGCAAUGUGUGUUCUUUGGAAAUUUCCAACCUUCGCAAAGGCGAGGGCGGAGAGUACAUGUGCCAUGCUGUGAACAUCAUAGGGGAAGCCAAGAGCUUUGCAAAAGUAGACGUCGUGCCCCAGAAAGAGAGAGCGGUGGCGCUCCCGCCUCCAGUCACACAUCAGCACGUCAUGCAGUUUGAUUUGGAAAACACGCCAUCGUCAAGAACGCCGUCCCCUCAAGAGAUUGUCCUGGAAGUGGAAUUAAGUGAAAAAGAUGUUAAAGAAUUUGAGAAGCAAGUGAAAAUCGUCACAGUCCCUGAAUUUACUCCCGAUCAUAAAAGCAUGAUUGUGAGUCUGGAUGUUCUACCGUUGAAUUUAGCAGAUCCAAGUAUGGCUUCAAGGGAGGAAGAAGACAGAGAUUUAAAAAUUGAUUUAGAAGUAUUUGAAAUGCCUCCUCGCUUUAUAAUGCCCAUUUGUGACUUUAAAAUUCCCGAAAAUUCAGACGCUGUGUUCCGAUGUUCGGUCAUAGGCAUCCCUAGCCCAGAAGUGAGAUGGUAUAAGGAAUACAUGUGCAUUGAACCCGAUAACGUCAAAUAUGAGAUCAGCGAGGAGGCUGGAAGUCACACCCUCAAAAUUCGCAACUUCUGUCCAUCUGACAGCGCGACCUAUAGGUGCAGGGCUGUGAAUUGUGCAGGGGAGGCCAUCUGCCGGGGAUUCCUCACCAUGGGAGAUUCUGAAAGGUUUGCUCUGACGACCAAGAAGAGCAAAGUGACCUUAAGCAGCUUGAAGGAAGAACUGGUCUUAAAGAGCAAAUAUUCAGAUAGCUUUUUUGAAUUUCAGGUGGUGGAAGGGCCUCCCAGGUUUAUCAAAGGGAUUUCUGACUGUUACGCACCGUUAGGCACAGCAGCUUAUUUCCAGUGUUUGGUCCGGGGCUCUCCGAGACCCACGGUUUACUGGUACAAAGAUGGGAGGUUGGUGCAAGGAGCACGGUUCAGUGCCGAGGAAAGUGGCAUAGGGUUCCACAACCUGUUCAUAACGAGCUUGGGGAAGGAUGACGAAGGGGAGUACAGGUGCGUGGCCACGAACAAGUCAGGGAUGGCGGAGACCUGUGCGGCCCUCACCCUGACUUAGUUUCUAGUGCAACGUGUCACUGCCUCAGUAAUUAUUAAACCCAUCUGAGCGCUUCCAGAUUUUCCAAAGUAUGUAGAUCCAAUGAAUUUCCAAAUAGGCCCACUCGACCCGAAUCUGAUACCUGGAAAAUCCCUGGGAAAAUACUUUCUCUGUGUAGAACUCUCCUGUUUGUAGCCCAUGUAAAUAUCCUGUGAUCCCAACUGUGCAACCAUCACUGUGUCACCUCUGCUGUGAAUCAUUGAGCACGAUUAAAAAUCUCCGUGGCUACCUA